AUGCAUGGGAUUCGGGGAAGAUUUCCAGAAAAUUAUCGUCAAUUUGAGACAGGAGCUGGUACUUAUCGCGGCUCCACUGAUACGAACGCCAUCGUGGGCGUUGCUGGCGACGAUGAGGGUCUCCGUGUACAACUACAGAGUGUUUCGUGGAAGGUGCCACACGUAUCGGUGGCUGAUGCGGAACGUUUGAAAUUGUUGAAAUAUAUCGACAGAAACGUAGAAUUGGCUGUGCCUUUCCGUAGCUGGGAACUGCACGAGUACCCCUUGCUUACCGAGACCCGGACACAUACUUGGAGCAUAAAAACUUCUUCACAGCUGGAGAAGCCUCGAUUCAUAAUUUUCGGCUUCCAAGUGGCCCGUAAGAAUAAGAUUGAUAAGGCCAUGAGCCAGUUUGAUCAUUGCAAUUUGACCAAUUUCAAGGUUUUUCUAAAUUCCGAUUCGUACCCGUACGAUAACUUUAAUGUGGAUUUUUCAAAGAAUUGUUAUGCCAUCCUGUAUGACAUGUAUGCCCAAUUCCAACAUUCAUACUAUCAGAAGGAUAGUGAGCCUUUUCUAACUACAUAUACGUACAAGCAUAUGGCUCCUUUGAUAGUCGUCGAUUGUUCCUGUCGGAAUGAAGUUCUAAAGUCGGGAACUGUGGACAUUAGGUUGGAAUUCGGUACUAAUGACAAUAUCCCGAAUGAGACCGCAGCCUUUUGUCUUAUAAUUCACGAUAGGAUCGUGUACUAUAACCCUCUGACGAGCAUAGUUCGCACUUAUUAG